AUGAAAUUCGUCAUUGUUUUCGUUGCACUUUUCGGUUUGGCUUUAGCCGCUCCACCAUCACAAUCAGCAUCAAAGGAAGCUGUAGUCACCCGUCAGGAUGCCGAUGUAGGACCCGAAAGCUACCAAUACGCUGUUGAAACCAGCGAUGGCAAGUCUGCCAGCGAAGAAGGUCACAUUGAAAACCUUGGCAAGGAAGAUGAAUCCAUCUCAGUGAAGGGUCAAUUCAGCUACAUCGGUGACGAUGGUGUCACCUACCAAGUCACCUACAUUGCCGACAAGAACGGUUUCCAACCCCAAGGUGCUCAUUUGCCAGUUGAACCAAAAUUGUAA